CAAAACUUUCGCCGGGACCAGUCGCAGAGUUGCAUUUCCUCCUUCUCAUUCCUUCCUCGCUUCCCUCUCUUCUUUUCUUCUUCCCCAGUCCAUUCAUCCUCUCGAUUCUCACGCAACACCCUCUGCCGAUAUCUGAUACCCCAUAGCCUCGUUUCUAGCCUUUUACCCAUUCUUCCCUAUUUUCGUGUGCUUCUUCUUUCAAGUCAAUCUCAAACCCCCCGAUCUACGGAUACCCCCAGCCGCUCUCGCAGGCGAGAACGAAAUUCUUCCACAUCUGCAUCCUCUACCCACCAACCUACUCGGUAAUCUGGCAUUGAGUGAUAUCUGCCAAAAUGGGAACAGGAAAGAAGGAAAAGUCUCGCAUUCAGCGACAGGGCAAGGUGACGGGUGAUCCAAAGGUCAAGGGCGAGAACUUCUACCGGAGCGCAAAGAAGAUCAAGGCCUUGAACGUGCUGAAGGAGGGAAAGGCCAUUCGCAACAAGGAGGGCAAGGUCGUCAAGGCCGCGUCGUAUCAGAGCAGAGAUGUUCCCACAGCCGUCAUCGAGCCGAACCGGAGAUGGUUCAACAACACCAGAGUCAUUUCGCAAGAUACGUUGACAUCUUUCCGGGAGGCGAUUGCCGAGAAGGACAAGGAUCCUUACUCGGUGCUGUUGAAAAGCAACAAGCUCCCCAUGAGCUUGAUCAGAGAUGGACCCAAGGAUGCGUUGAAGAAGCACCAAGCCAAGAUGACGAUUGAGAGCGAGCCGUUUUCACAGACCUUUGGCCCCAAGGCCCAAAGGAAGAGGCCAAAACUCAGCUUCAACACGAUCGGUGACUUGACAGAACACAGCGAGAAGAGCAUGGAUACAUACCAGGCCAGACUCGAGGAGAUCAAGCUUCUAAGUGGUGCUUCUGGAUAUGGCGGUGGUCUUGCCGAUGACGAUGUUCAAGAGGAGGAUUUCAGUGUCGCGACGGCCAAGGAGGCUAUCUUCACAAAGGGCCAGUCGAAGCGUAUUUGGAACGAACUGUACAAGGUCAUUGAUUCGUCAGAUGUCAUCCUGCACGUUAUCGAUGCCAGAGAUCCUCUGGGAACCAGGUGUCGUCACGUUGAGAAAUACCUUGCCACUGAGGCUCCUCACAAGCAUCUUAUUUUCGUGCUGAACAAGAUCGAUCUUGUUCCUUCCAAGACUGCUGCCGCGUGGAUUCGCGUUCUGCAGAAGGAUCAUCCUACAUGUGCUAUGAGAUCUAGCAUCAAGAACCCCUUCGGUCGUGGUUCUUUGAUCGAUCUUCUCAGACAGUUCAGUAUCCUGCACAAGGACAGGAAACAGAUCAGCGUCGGUCUUGUUGGCUACCCCAACGUCGGCAAGUCGAGUAUCAUCAAUGCCCUUCGUGGGAAGCCCGUUGCUAAGGUCGCCCCUAUUCCCGGAGAGACCAAGGUCUGGCAGUACGUCACCUUGAUGAGGAGGAUCUACCUCAUCGACUGCCCUGGCAUUGUUCCUCCCAACCAGAACGAUACGCCACAGGAUCUCCUGCUCCGUGGUGUUGUACGUGUGGAAAACGUCGAUAACCCGGAGCAAUACAUCCCUGCGGUAUUGAACAAGGUCAAACCUCACCACAUGGAGAGGACAUAUGAGCUCAAGGGCUGGAAGGACCAUAUUCAUUUCCUUGAGAUGCUUGCUAGGAAGGGCGGCAGACUUCUCAAGGGUGGUGAGCCUGACGUUGAUGGCGUUGCGAAGAUGGUUCUCAAUGACUUCAUGCGAGGCAAGAUUCCUUGGUUCACGCCUGCCCCCGAAAAGGAGGAGGGUGAGACUGAUACCAUGGAGGGUCGCGAAGGACGCUACGGUGAAAUGUCCAAGAAGCGGAAACGUGACGAGGACGACAGCGCGCCUGCUACCACUCCCGCUUCAGCAGGAGAGGAUGCCAAGGAGGAAGACCCUGAGAACUUUGCCGGGUUCGACAGUGACAGCGACUCUGAGGUCGAAGAGGCUGCUGAGGAGAAGGGUGAGGAGAAGAGCACUGCUGAAGAUAUGAUACCCCUGGACGCGUCGAGCGAUGAGGAAGAGGAUGGCGAGGAGGAGGGCUCUGACGUCGAAGAUGACGAGGAAGGAUCCGACCUCGACAUCGAAGGAGCCAGCGAACUCGAAGAGUCUGAGUCAGAAGCCGAGGCUGCGCCAGCACCUCCCCCGAAGAAGCAAAGGAGGAGCAGGAAGUAAACUCGGUCAGUGAACGCGAUGGGCGGCUGGGGUGAACCGAGCAUGCGUUCAAUAGCCGACCUCAGGGUUGGUAACGAUCCAAUCGGAUCAUGACGGCCGGUGUCACUGAUAAUAAACUGUUGAGGACUUGGGCAUAACCUCAGUAUGGCGUUUGUUGCCCGUCGAUUUUCAUUCCCACCUGCCGUCUUCUAUGUGAUUAAGGAAAAAUUGUGAUAUUCGUUUGUCAUUUGUACUUGUUUCUGGAGUUCUGUAUGCAUGUUCGUGGCAUUCUUAGGUUUGGGAGGACAUGCGAACGGCUGUUGCAUUAAAAAAAGCUUAGUAGCUCCUCUCUCCUCAUAGUUAUCCCUCUAUUGGAGAGGUUUUGAAUGCUCUCGCCUAGGAUAUCACCACAUGCGAUCUCGUUACGAAGAAGAAUAUACAAGUUCCGAUACCCGUGUGCUCAAAUCAAGAUCAUUUCAC